GCCGAGAUAGGAGGAGGAGAUUGUGUGAGGCGCAUAUUGUGCUCUGGAGAAUGGUUUUUUAAAAAAAAAUCUUUUUGUCUUCCCGUUAGGUAGCCUUAAAAAAUUUUUUUGGAGUAACUUGGGAGAAAAAGAAACCAAGGUCUAAAGGCAAUCCUCCACCCGCGGAAAGCUUUGGAAUAGUCCAAAUUUUCCGGAAGAGGAGAACUGUUCUUCACUAGGGGUACUUCCGCUUCCGUUCCCGGGACCCAGACCCGUUCUGCUGCCGCCUCCGCCCUUGCUGCCAUGACUGCCACCCUCCGCCCCUAUCUCAAUGCAGUGCGAGCAACUCUACAGGCUGCUCUGUGCCUGGAGAACUUCUCGUCCCAAGUGGUGGAGCGGCACAACAAGCCUGAGGUGGAAGUCAGAAGCAGCAAGGAACUGUUGUUGCAGCCAGUGAUCAUCAGCAGAAAUGAGAAAGAGAAAGUCCUCAUUGAAGGGUCCAUCAACUCUGUACGUGUCAGCAUUGCUGUGAAGCAGGCUGAUGAGAUUGAGAAAAUCCUGUGUCACAAGUUCAUGCGCUUCAUGAUGAUGAGAGCAGAGAACUUCUUCAUUUUACGCCGGAAACCUGUUGAGGGCUAUGACAUCAGCUUCCUGAUCACAAACUUCCAUACAGAGCAGAUGUACAAACACAAACUGGUGGACUUUGUCAUUCAUUUCAUGGAGGAAAUCGACAAAGAAAUCAGUGAGAUGAAGCUGUCAGUCAAUGCCAGAGCUCGCAUUGUGGCCGAGGAGUUCCUCAAGAAUUUCUAGACCGAGGGCUGGAGUCCACAGCUUUGCUUUCUCAUUCUCUCUGCACAGCCACUUUGCUGGGGCUACAGAGAGGGCCACAGCUCAGGAGUGAGAUGAGAAGCAGCCAGACCUGCGGGGGCUGUCCCAGCUAAAUGUACACCAUGCUCGCCAGUGUGCCCAGGGGAGGGGAGGGUGCUUUUUAAUAUUUUUGGAACAAAACUGUGCUUGUUUAAGACUGUGUCGACUUGAUAUCUUCUCUCUCCUUUUUUUUUUAAAUGAUUGAUCACUUGCUAUAAUUUAUCUACUUGAGUCUCCUUGUGGCCAUGUCCUUGUUGGGAAAGGGGGUAGGGAUUGGUUGCGCUAGCUAGCAACCCUUGGCAAGAGUUGCUGCAGGAGUUACAGCUCAAUUCUGCUCAUGUAAAAAUCACCUCUAAUAGCUGACAAAAAGCUGCCUUUAUCUCUUCAUAUGGGGACCAGUAAAAGAGGACUGAAACAUUUCUGUCUGAAAUGGCAGCCAGUCUUGGCGCAGCCAACACUGGGGUGACUACAGCGUGACUACCCUGACUCACUUCCCAGGUUAUGCAUAGGAGUCAUGAUUUGUCUAGCAGACUGCACUCUCUGCCCCCCUCCCACCCCCCCGUGCCAAGUCACUCCAGUCUCUGGAGGGAACUCCCUCUCCCCCAUUCCACAUCCCCCUGCCCCACUCCCACAGGGAUCAGAGCAUUCUGAGCACAGCACUGCCUCCUGUUCUACCCUUUCUGUUCCCUUCCACACCUGUGCCAGAGGGAGCUAUGAUGGGAGGGGUCAGGCCAUGCAUCAGCAGAACGGGACGGAGCUGGAAUCUGUAACUCUUGGUUCUUUUUGCUAUGGCACUUGCUGUAACUUUCUUAUUCUGGGACCUUCCCUAUUAAAGCCUUUUUUCUUGCCUCCUGAAAUAA